GUAGCAAAGUGUGUCAGGCGCCGAACUUGUGAUUUAUACAGUGUAACUUUCACUUUCUGGGGAAAAAAAAAAAUGUUCGUUUUACUUUUGUGCAUAAGUCUCUCCUCCGUCCCGUUUUGCUCGUCGGCCGAGAGAAACGACGCUCCAAUAAUUGGUAUACUGGCUCAGGAAGUAAGCAAAUACUCAACCGUGCCAAAUGUCACCUCUUACAUCGCUGCCUCCUAUGUGAAGUUUCUGGAAUCAGCAGGAGCAAGGGUUGUCCCUAUCAUGAUUAACAAGACAGUGGAGGAAUAUAAGACACUCUUCAACUCCAUUAAUGGAGUACUUUUCCCAGGUGGAGCUGCCAGCAUUUACUCAUCAGGUUACCAGAGGGCUGCAACAACCUUUUAUGAACUUGCUAUUGAGGCCAAUAAGAAAGGUGACUAUUUUCCCGUGUGGGGCACCUGCCUUGGAUUUGAGCAGCUGGCCUACCUGACCAGUGGAAAACGGGUUCUCUCACUCACCGAUACCAGGGGUGUGGCUUUGCCUCUGGUCUUUACUAACGAAACCAAAGGCAGCCGGUUGUUCAGCGACUUCCCAGUUGAGCUCAUGGAAGCUCUGGCCUCUGAGCCACUGACGGAAAAUUCUCACAAGUGGAGCGUGACAACGGAGACUCAUAACAACGACGAAAAACUGAAGGACUUCUACAAAGUUCUCUCCACAAACUCGGACGGAGCGGUGGAAUUUGUGUCAACAAUGGAAGCGUACGACUACCCGAUCUACGCCACCCAGUGGCACCCGGAGAAAAACCCAUUUGAAUGGACGAAGCCGUACAUCCCACACUCUCCGGCCGCAGUGAAGGUCGCCUUCUACAUGGCCCACUUCUUUGUCAAUGAAGCCAGGAAGAACUUCCACAAAUUUGCGAGCACGGAGGAAGAGAGAGACGUGCUGAUUUACAACCACAAUCCUGUUUACACUGGAAGGACAGCUAUCUUCGAGCAAGAAUACUUUUUUUGAUGUCUGUAGAGAGUGGAGAGACGCUGCAUUUCAGUUGCUGAUUAAUUUUUUUGUUCUUUUUUUGAUUAUCUGAUGUUGAAUGUUUACAGGAAAUCUGAGAAAAUAUGAAGGACUUGUGCAUGCACCAGUAUGCUUUUAUGACACUGAUGCGGUGAAGGAGUUUUGAAAAAUGUGAAAAGGCACAACCGUGCUUCAUGGCUGUGCUACGUCUGUGUGCCUGAGCCGAGUGACAGUAAAAAUGGUAACAUUUGAAGGAUUUUUUUUUUCCUCUAUGAUGAAUAAAUGAAUAAUUGAAUAAAUGACAUUUUACUCUCUAUUUCAGUUUAGCCACAAUUUUAAACAAACAUAAAUUGUAAAGUCGUGAACAACAAACAAGAGGAAGUACCAAUAA